GUAUUAAGGUAUACUUAAACUUCCUCAAAAUUUGAAACUCAACAAUACUACAAUAUGACAACAUUAACAAAAGAACAUGUGAUGAAUUGCAUGUUCUCAAAAUGGUAUUCACAAUUUUCAGACAUCACAAUAAAAAGGUAGGAGUUGAUGAAAUCUUAUUUUAUUUAAAAUGUCUUUGGCUAUGUCAAGAGUUACACUAUUACGACGUAUCUUUCCGCGGUUCUGUUCGAAAUCAAAAAUGCUGUCUAGUGCAAGGCAUAUGCAUAUUGUUGACAAGGAUCAGGAUAAUGUCAGAUAUGCUCAUUUGAAACAUCGGAGUUUACUUGAACUCGAAGGACGGGAUGUUACCAAUUUUUUACAAGGGAUUAUAACCAAUGACGUUGAACUUCUCCCUGAAAUGAAAUGCAUGUAUGCAAUGAUUUUAAACCAACAUGGACGCAUUAUGCAUGAUAUUAUGUUAUAUCAUCAACAACACGACACAGAAAACAAAGUCCUUCUUGAAUGUGAGUCGUCAAAUUCCGAAAGUAUCAUUAAAAUUUUAAAAUUAUAUAAACUGAGAAAAAAACUGAGUAUUACACCCAGAGAUAAUCUAUCGGUGGUGCAGGCAAUGUCUGGAAAUUCUUUUCAUAUUUCUCCACAGUUCAGCAAUGUAAUCACUUCUGCCAUUGACCCGAGGGUCCCAAUGCUCGGACAUAGACUGGUGGUUGAAAAUAUGUCAGAAAGUGACUCUGCAUUAAUUAACAUGGAUAUUAAUGCAUAUCAUCAUAAAAGACAUUACAUCGGUGUUCCAGAGGGUCCGUUAGAUUUGCCACCUGGAACUUGUCUGCCCUUGGAAUGCAAUCUUGAUUUCAUGAAUGGUGUCAGCUUUCAUAAAGGAUGUUAUAUUGGUCAAGAGCUCACAGCUCGUACCAAAUUUACCGGUGUCAUUAGAAAACGACUUGUUCCUGUGAGCAUAGAAGGAGAAGGAUCUAUUGAAUCUGGGUCUUCAAUAUACACAGAGAAGAGAAAAAGUGCAGGAAAGUUUCGAUCAAUGCAUUCUGAUGGUAAAGUAGGUCUUGCAUUAGUGAGACUGAACUACUCAGGAGAAACACUUUCUUCAAAAGAUGGUCAGCUAAAAUUUCGAUGUCAUAUUCCAAUGUGGUGGCCAUCUGAAGAUGGCACUGAAUUUUCUGACGGAGUUUGUGGCCCAGCAGCAGAGGAAAACAUAUGAUCUUUCUAUUUCGAUUUAACGAAUAAUCAUCUAUUUUUUGCUUAUAUUUAUCGCUUUUUAAUCUCUCCUAUUAAUUUGAAUUCAACAGUUCUUUGAUUUAUUUUUCGAGGAUUCUUUUAAAUUAUAUAGUGAAUUUGAUUUAUCCUAGAUGCAAUGUAAAUUAGUUUUUGACAUAUAUCAGUAAAUAACACUAAAUUUCCUAAUAUAAUUUAACUAUGUGAUUGAAAUUCAUAAUUUUCAGGCUAUUGAACUCUUAAUACUGAAUAUGUUGAAGAACUGUAAUUUUUCACUUCAAAUGUGUUUAAUAAUCGAUGGCUGUCAUUUGUGGAUUUUUGUUUUUUAG